ACCAGACCCGGAGCGGCAGGCCGAGUCCUCCCGGAGGCUGCCCCAUGGAGCGCUCCCCUGACGAAGAGGACGCCGGGCCCGCGGGGCAGCCCCCGGCCGCCGCCGCCGACCCCGCGGGGGACCCGGGCUCCGGGGCCCCACCUGCUGGCCCGGGCGCAGCGAGCGAGGCCCUGGCGGUGCUGAGUUCCUUCGGGCGGCGCUUGUUGGUGCUGGUGCCCGUGUACCUGGCGGGGGCAGCGGGUCUCAGCGUGGGUUUCGUGCUCUUCGGCCUCGCGCUCUACCUGGGCUGGCGCCGGGUCCGCGACGGGAAGGAGCGCAGCCUGCGGGCAGCGCGGCAGCUGCUGGAUGACGAGGAGCGGAUCACGGCGAGGACGCUGUACAUGAGCGACCGGGAGUUACCUGCCUGGGUCAGCUUCCCAGAUGUGGAAAAGGCUGAAUGGCUGAACAAGAUUGUGGCCCAGGUGUGGCCCUUCCUCGGCCAGUACAUGGAGAAGCUCCUGGCUGAAACGGUGGCGCCAGCUGUCCGGGGCGCCAACCCGCAUCUGCAAACAUUCACGUUCACGCGAGUGGAGCUGGGUGAAAAGCCCGUACGCAUCAUCGGAGUCAAGGUUCACCCUAGUCAGAGAAAAGAUCAGAUUCUCUUGGACUUGAACGUCAGCUAUGUAGGUGAUGUGCAGAUCGACGUGGAAGUGAAGAAGUAUUUCUGCAAAGCAGGACUCAAGGGCAUGCAGCUACACGGAGUCUUGCGGGUGAUUCUCGAGCCGCUCACCGGGGACCUUCCUAUCGUGGGGGCCGUGUCGAUGUUCUUUAUCAAACGCCCGACGCUGGACAUCAACUGGACAGGGAUGACCAAUCUGCUGGACAUCCCAGGACUUAGCUCUCUCUCUGAUACCAUGAUCAUGGACUCCAUCGCCGCUUUCCUUGUGUUACCCAAUCGACUGUUGGUGCCCCUGGUACCCGACCUUCAGGAUGUGGCCCAGCUACGUUCCCCGCUACCCCGGGGCAUUAUUCGGAUUCACCUCCUGGCCGCCCGAGGGCUGAGUUCCAAGGACAAGUACGUGAAAGGCCUGAUUGAGGGCAAAUCCGACCCCUACGCACUUGUCCGCGUGGGCACCCAGACAUUCUGCAGCCGCGUCAUAGAUGAGGACCUCAACCCUCACUGGGGAGAGACGUAUGAGGUGAUAGUGCACGAGGUCCCGGGACAGGAGAUCGAGGUGGAGGUGUUUGACAAAGAUCCGGAUAAAGAUGAUUUUCUGGGAAGAAUGAAAUUGGAUGUGGGGAAGGUAUUGCAGGCUGGCGUCCUGGAUGAUUGGUACCCGCUACAGGGUGGGCAAGGCCACGUUCAUCUGAGGCUAGAAUGGCUAGCCCUUUUGAGAGACGCAGAAAAACUGGACCAGGUUCUGCAGUGGAAUCGGGGCAUCACUUCCCGACCCGACCCCCCUUCAGCUGCUAUCCUGGUUGUCUACUUGGAUCGGGCCCAGGACCUUCCUCUGAAGAAGGGGAACAAGGAACCCAAUCCCAUGGUGCAACUGUCAGUUCAAGAUGUGACCCACGAGAGCAAGGCGGCCUACGGCACCAACUGCCCGGUAUGGGAGGAAGCUUUCCGGUUUUUCCUGCAAGACCCUCGAAGCCAGGAGCUUGAUGUGCAGGUGAAGGACGACUCCAGGGCCCUGACUUUAGGGGCGCUAACUCUCCCGCUGGCUCGCCUGCUGACUGCCUCUGAACUCACCCUGGACCAGUGGUUCCAGCUCAGCAGCUCAGGCCCAAACUCCAGGCUCUACAUGAAACUGGUCAUGCGGAUCUUAUACUUGGACUCGUCGGAGAUCUGCUUCCCCACUGUCCCUGGUGCCCAGGACCUGGACAGGGACAGCCUCCAGGCGGGCAGCAGUGUGGAUCGCCCUCCCCGGCCCUGCCACACAACUCCUAACAGCCACUUUGGGACUGAGAACGUCCUUCGGAUCCAUGUGUUGGAGGCUCAGGACCUAAUUGCCAAAGACCGUUUCUUGGGGGGAUUGGUGAAGGGCAAAUCAGACCCCUACGUCAAGCUGAAGUUGGCAGGGAGAAGCUUCCGGACCCAUGUUGUUCGGGAAGACCUCAAUCCCCGAUGGAAUGAGGUUUUUGAGGUGAUUGUCACAUCGAUUCCAGGCCAAGAGCUUGAGAUCGAGGUCUUUGAUAAGGACCUGGACAAGGAUGACUUUUUGGGCAGGUAUAAAGUGAGUCUCACCACGGUCCUCAACAGUGGCUUCCUCGAUGAGUGGCUGACCCUGGAGGACGUCCCAUCUGGCCGCCUGCACUUGCGCCUGGAGCGGCUGACCCCCAGACCUACGGCUGCUGAGUUAGAAGAGGUGCUGCAGGUCAACAGUCUGAUCCAGACUCAGAAGAGCUCAGAGCUGGCGGCAGCCCUGCUCUCCGUCUACCUGGAGCGGGCGGAGGACCUGCCGCUCCGAAAAGGCACCAAGCCUCCCAGCCCUUACGCCACCCUCACUGUGGGAGAGACGUCCCAUAAGACCAAGACUGUUUCCCAAACAUCAGCCCCUAUCUGGGAGGAGAGUGCUUCCUUUCUCAUCAGGAAGCCACAUGCUGAGAGCCUGGAGCUUCAGGUUCGGGGUGAAGGGACCGGCACCCUGGGCUCCGUAUCCCUGCCUCUGUCUGAGCUCCUCCAGGCAGACCGACUCUGCGUGGACAGCUGGUUUGCGCUCAGUAACGGUCAGGGCCAGGUGCUGAUGAGAGCGCAGCUCGGGAUCCUGGUGUCCCAGCACUCCGGAGUGGAAGCCCACAGCCACAGCCACAGCUCCUCUUCCCUCGGUGAGGACCCCGAGGCCCCAGGGGCACCCGCUCACGCCACCUCCCCGGUCGUGGAGGUCAGGCACCGCCUCCCGCAUGGUGACAGCCCCUCGGAGGCUCCUGUUGGGCCUCUGGGCCAGGUGAGACUGACAGUGUGGUACCACGGCGACGAGCAAAAGCUGGUCAGCAUCGUCCACGGCUGCCGCGCCCUUCGACAAAGUGGCCGCGAUCUCCCGGACCCCUAUGUGUCGCUGCUGCUGCUGCCGGACAAGAACCGAGGCACCAAGAGGAAGACCUCUCAGAAGAAGAGGACCCUCAACCCCGACUUCAAUGAACGGUUUGAGUGGGAGCUGCCGCUCGACGGGUCUCUCCGGCGAAAGCUCGAUGUUUCUGUGAAGUCCAACUCCUCCUUCAUGUCGAGAGAGCGCGAGCUGCUGGGGAAGGUGCAGCUGGAUCUGGCUGAGAUCGACCUCUCCCAGGGUGCAGCCCAGUGGUAUGACCUGAUGGACGACAGAGACAAGGGCGCUUCCUAGGGGCUGGAGACGACAGCCUGACGUGUCUUCUUGCACCGCCCCUUGCCUCCGUGUGGUGAGCCUACAGCUCCAGGGCUGAGCCCCAGCCCUUUUGCCUUCUGGGCCCGCAUCAGGGUCUUUGCCUGACCAAAGAGGAUGUCUCUAACCCCUCACUGCACGGCCUUUAUCCUUUGGGCUCCUAGGGCAGGGACCUACGCUGGCUCUUUCCUGUUCUGCCUGCACCUCGUCCUCUCCCCCAACUCCUCAGGGCCUCACGCACCUGUGCCUGGCCACCGGCGGCACUGGCAGUGGUAUGAGCUCAUGCCAAAUACAGCUUUUGGAAAGCUCUUUUUUUUUUUUUUACAUAACCAAAAAACAGAAAAACAGUGCUUCACAAAGUUGCACGUCAUUCUUGCCCAGGGCCAUGCUCGUCUCUUAGAGCAAUAUAAGUUAGUCUGUGCUGCCGAGUUGAGCAUACCGUCUUUUGUAUCUGCCAUGAGCACCAGGAAGAAUACACGUGGGUGUGAAGGUAGACAGGCUUACCUCUUGGACUGCAUGUAGAAAAUGUACGGCUUCACCCCUGCCUUACUCAAUCCACUCUUGAAAAUAUCCAUGCGAUGAUGGCUACAUGUCUGGCUCACUUGGUGUGGAGUGGGAACACUUAGGUCCUAUCCACCUCCAGUCAUUAGAGUUGGUCUUGAAGCCCCACAUGGUAGCACUCAGAUGGGCAGAAAGGACUCCGGACCAAGCGCAGAGGUUGAAAGCUCCGUCUAAUCUGUUACUGGGUUCUGUACCACCUGUCAAUCCACUAUAUAUUCUAUUAAACAUCAAGCUCAAACCAA